CUACGUCACAAGUUGGUAUAUAGGCAGAAGCACACUGCCGGAAGAAGCAUUUAUCGGGAAAAUUUGUGUUGCUGCGUCAGUGAACGUACGGGCAAACUAACUCGAACUCUAUCCUUUUACCAUCAUUUGAAAAUAAUUAUUUGAAAACAUCAAGAUGGCACAGAGUCAACCACGCCAGAACUUCCACAUCGAGAGCGAAGCAGGGAUCAAUCGCCAAAUCAACAUGGAGUUGUAUGCCAGUUACUGUUAUCAGUCAAUGUCAUAUUACUUUGACCGUGAUGAUGUUGCAUUGCCAGGAUUCAGCAAGUUCUUUAAGAAAUCAUCCGAUGAAGAACGUGAACAUGCUGAAAAGUUCAUGAAAUAUCAGAACAAGAGAGGAGGUAGAAUUGUUCUCCAGGACAUAAAGAAACCUGAUCGCGAUGAAUGGGGAACAGCCCUUGAUGCUAUGCAGGUUGCUUUGUCCUUGGAGAAGAGUGUCAAUCAGUCACUAUUGGAUCUUCACAAAACAGCUGAUUCCCAUAAUGACGCUCAGAUGUGCGAUUUUCUGGAAUCUGAAUACUUAGAAGAACAAGUGAAUGCCAUCAAGGAAAUCUCCGAUCACAUCACCCAGCUCAAACGUGUUGGAUGUGGUCUUGGGGAGUACAUGUAUGACAAAGAGAGCAUCAACGGAGACUCUUAAACAUAUCCAUCAGACUAUGGUCCAAAUAUAUCAAAAUUUGUUCACUAUAUUUGUUUAAAUCUACUAUGAAAUGUAUAAACACUUUUUUGAUUUAAUGUUUUAGAUUGUCACAGUAAUUUAAUUGGACCCAAAAAAAAGAAAAGCAAAAUAAAAAUUGAAAGAAGAGCUUUA